AGGCGUGGCCCGCCAGCUGCAGCCCGCCGGGACUCCCGCCCCGGCCCCGCCACAGCCCGCCGACAUGCCGCCCCGCGCCCCGUGAGCCAGUGUGUGCCAUGCCCCGACGCGCCCCGCCGCCGCCGCCAGCACUGUGAGGCAGCAUGGCCGGCGCCGAGGGCCAGGACGCAGUGCGACACAGCCACAACUCUGCCUUCAGCGCCGUCGUCAGGAAGAGCUUCUCCUCAUUCUCUGUGGACGCCAUCCUGGCGCCAGACGCCAGGCCGCCCCGCGCCCCUGAGCACAUCCACGCUUCGCCCACGCCGCCCGUGGCCGAGAGUGACCGAGACGAGGAGGACGAGGAAGAGGAGACGCCCCGCGAGGAGUACGAGGAGGAGCGGGAGGUGCACGUGGACUCCGAGGAGGAAGUGGUGGAGGGCGACCCUCGCCUGGGUGAGGACGAGGACGAGGGCAGCCGCCGCGGUGAGGACACACUGCUGCGCCCCUGCGUGUUCCCUGCCCCGCGGGACAUGCCCCUCCACCAGAGCGCUCCGCACCCCUUCGUGCCCCCCAGCUUGCAGCCUGGCCUGUGGCCGCCCCUGCACCUGCUGCACCACCACCUGGCUCUAAGGGCCUUCACCAAGACGCCCGAGCCGCCGCGGUUCCACGGCCCCGUGAAGGUGCAGCUGAGGAAGCACAAGCCGAACCGCAAGCCGCGCACGCCCUUCACCACGCAGCAGCUGCUGUCGCUGGAGAAGAAGUUCCGGGAGAAGCAGUACCUCAGCAUCGCCGAGCGGGCCGAGUUCUCCGCCUCGCUCAGCCUCACCGAGACGCAGGUCAAGAUCUGGUUCCAGAACAGACGCGCCAAGGAAAAGAGACUGAAGGAGGCGGAGAUGGAGCGCCUGCGGUUCGCCUCCCGUCCCAUGGUGCAGCACAGCCCCCUGCUGCCCCCCGCCUCGCUCCUCCCGCACUUCCUCCUCACCCACUCCUUCCCGCACCUCCACCAGCCGGGAUUCGCCCCCUCCUCCUCUGGCAGCUAACAAACCCAUCCCCUCCCCUCCCAUCCCACCCACCACCACCACCACCACCACGACUCACGGUGACCACCCUCUCCCCUCCCACCCCCGAGCCUCCCCAGGUGCGACACUCACCUGAAGGGCGGCACGGCAGGGUCCAGCCUCAUUAACCCUUCCCCUGCCUCACCCUGCACCCUCACCCACUCACUCCUUCCUCUCCUGUCGCUCCCUCUCUCUCUCUCUCCUGAAGGAGGGCCAACAGAAAACGUAAUUGGGUAGUUCCUGAGAAGUUGUUUAUUUUUUAAUCGCGUUUUCUUCGAUGUGUUUUUUAGGGUAAACUCGUGUAUAAUUAUUGUUGUGUGUGUGUGUGUGUGUGUGUGUGUGUGUGUGUGUGUGUGUGUGUGUGUGUGUGUGUGUGUGUGUGUGUGUGUGUUUAUAGGUUUAAGACGUGUGAUUUUAAAUUGAACAGGACAGGAAUAAGACACAUUUUUAUUACUCUCUCUCUCUCUCUCUCUCUCUCUCUCUCUCUCUCUGGGUAUCUUACGUUCCUGAAUAAUUAAAUAAAAACAUGGCCACAGUUGGAAAUGCUUCAAAAAUAAAAAAAAAUAAAAAACAUGCAAAAGCGUUCACUGUUUCACGAAUCCUGUUUCACGAAUCCUGUUUCACUCGUGUUUCGUUUGACCGGAUCGUGUGUGUGUGUGUGUGUGCUGGCUUCAAGGUUUUACAUAUUAAGGAAUUAAAAAAAAAUGUAUAAAAUAAACAAGACAAAUUAA